UUUAGUAGGACCGCUUAGUUGCGAAGGUUACAUACCGUAACAUACGUUAGUAGAUUACUUAAUAAAAUGGCUAAACUUGCUGUAGUCUGCUUUCUGCUGAUAUGUGCGACAGGAAUUUCGGCUAAAAGAAUGCGUCUGCUUAAGUGUACAAGAACCUUGCAUUCCUACCCAAGCAUGUCCAAACUUCACAACACAACAGUUAUAUGCCCUGCACAAUGCCCACUUGAUAAAUGCAGAGUAUAUGGGACCGAUGUUUAUGCCGCCUAUUCGAGCAUAUGUUGCGCUGGAAUCCAUGCUGGUGCAAUUAACAAUAAAGUUGGAGGAUUGAUGACUGUCAAGAUAAAUCGGUAUGGUGGUGGAAACUAUGCUGGAUCAGUCAAAAAUGGAGUCACUUCGCGUGACCUUGAAAAAGCCCAUGCAGAUUUUACUGUGACAGGUAAAGGACAAACAGUGUCUACAACAGUAAAUAAUGAACCUGAACUGAAGUCAACAACUACAACAACACAGGCAACAACUACAACACUUACAAAAACUACAACAGUGUUAACAACAAUUUCAACAACAACAACUACAACACCCACAACAACAACGCCAUCAACAACAAUUUCAACAACAACUACAACAACCACAGUGCCCACUAGUCCCCACCAACCAAAAACUAAGAAUACGAAGAAAUCAACUGUCAGUAUUAAACAGAUUGUUGCCAUCUUCCUUGGCAUCCUUUUGAGCUUCAUACUCAUUGUUUAUUGUACCGUGGUUCAGAUUUACAAAAGGAGACGAGUGCUUAUAAAAUUGAAAAACUCCAUAGGAAUAAGAUUAAGAAAACGUCAGAAUCUCAAGGCUAUAGGUCCGGAAUCUGCCCAAACUAACUUAAAAAGUAACUUUUUAUAAAAAAACAGUGUGCUGUGUAUUUUUGUAUUUUUUUAGCUGAUUGUGUUCAAUCGUAAUGAAAUUAGGUCUUCCACAAUUUUAUAUUUUUCUAUAAAUGAUCGUUCAAUUUCGCUAAAUUACUAGUACAUGUACGCUACUUCUAUGCACAUUAUUACUUUAUUAUUGUUCCAUGAAUUUUAACUUUGUACAUAAAAUAUUUAAUAAUACUUUAAUUGCACAGAGUAUAUUGCUUUAUUCAUAUUAUUGCUUUAUUCAUAUUAUUAUAGCUUUGAGUAUUUUACAUCCGCUGGAGUUUUCUUCAUCAUUAACGCUUGUGCAGAUUUCAUGAUAUCUUCUGUUUGUAACAUUGCGGCGUUCCAUGAUCUCUGUAAUACAUAGUGAAUGGGAUUAUAACUUUUUCUGUAGAGUUUGUGAAAUUAUAACCACAGCGACCAUUUUUAAAUGUGCUAAAACACAGCAUUUGUAAAUUUAUUUCUCUAUGCUUCUGCGGUACAUAAAAGCGAUUUAGCUUAUCCUUAUGUUAUCCAUACUGCACAGUGUCGCAACACAAAAACUGCAUAGAAUCCUUAGUACAAAUAAAGCAUAAUGUCUUUUUGUUUCAUAGACAUCAUAUA